GCCCUUGGCAGGUCAUGGACAACAUUUCCUUUUAAAUCUUGCAGAACUAUUUGGGUGGCGGCCAUGGGGAAGUCUAAACGUGCUCAAGACCUGACGCAUGAGGAGAUCUGGGAUGAUUCUGCCUUGGUGCGAUCGUGGGACGACGCGGUUGAGGAAUAUCAGCUCUACCACAGCAUUCAAGCAAAGGGUGAAAAUGUUGACGAUGUCCUGAGACGGGCAGAAGAAGAAGGUAUCCCUGACGAGGAUCCACCCUUUGCUGCAGCAGAGGAUGUUGUAGACGAUGUUUCUAUGGAGGCCGAGACCGAGGACGGAGCAGGCACAGGCGCCAUAUCGCAGAUCACAGUUCAGGACGAGAACUUGAAACGCCUCAUGAUGUCCUGGUAUUAUGCAGGCUAUUACACUGGUCUUUAUGAAGGCCAACAACAAGCCAAUCAAGGAAAGAGCUGA